AUGUCAGGAAGUGAAACUGAUAGCUCUAUAGAGUUUAUCGGCGAGCGGGAUGGUGCUAAACAGACUGUCAAAAGCAUAGGACCUGAAAUUAUUGAUUCGGAAAGCGAGGAAAGCACCACAGAGACAAGCUCUACUCCAAAUGAUGAACAGGUUACCGAAGAAACCACCGGAAAAAGAUUUCUUCGUGACUUGAUAGCAGACGCAGCCGAAAAGCGGCAGAAGAAGAGUACACACACAACUGAUACAGAGACAGAGAAAAAACCAAUUCCAGCACCUGUCUUAAAAUCUCCCAUUCACUUGAUAUCCAACCCAUCUUAUUGUGCGAAGUAUCCUCCAUCUUCAAAUGCCGAUACAAUCUCACUCGGCGACAUUCUUGGAUCCAGAAUAUUAGAGUCAAGCUACCAAUUUAACAUGCUCAUAGAUUGCGAUUUCCUAUUGCCAUUCUUCAAUGCAGAUCCUUUAAAUUUCGAGUUGUAUCUAAUCGGAACACGCGAGAACAUGUCAAUUUCGGACUUGCACCAGCUGCAAUACCGUAUCAGGUCGGUAGACGUUUCUAAGCAUCUUCCUAAAUGGGGAAGUCAUCAUACAAAGAUGAUGAUAAACUUCUUCCACGAUGAUACCUGCCAAUUGGUAAUUCAUACUAUGAAUCUUACCACAACCGAUUAUUUGGCACAGACCCAGAUGUGCUGGAUUUCUCCAAGGCUCAAAAGGCUCAAGAAAGGAACAGUUAAAAAGUCGAUUAACGAUUUGGAUCCAAUCACUGACUCAGGAUUGAUGUUUCAAAAUGAUCUUAAAGAUUAUUUGGAAACGUACAAAGACGACAGGAUACACAGCCUUAUCAAAAGGUUGGACUCGUUUUGUUUCGAUCCUAUUGAUGUUGUUUUCAUUGCUUCUUCUCCAGGUCGUUAUGAGUUUUCCAUUUCCGAAUCAGAUAAGUCACACGCUAACGUCAAUCGACCAAAGCUUUUUGGCUACGGACGUCUUCAUCAAGCUCUGAACCAAUUCAAUCUGACAGCAAAGGGCAACGCAGACUUCAUAAUGCAGGUUUCUUCGAUAUCGGCUCCACUCGAUUCAAAACAUAUGAAUAUUGGUACUCAUAUACUUUCGAGCAUAGUGGAAGGCUCUGACAUUAUAGUCAAACAACCUGACCAUAAAUUUACCAACAAAGAGGGAUUAGAUCUUAAAAUAGUGUGGCCAACAGAAAAUGAGGUCAUUAAUGCCUAUCACGGACAUAUAUCAGGGCAUGCUAUCAUGCUAAAAACAAAGGCAGUAGGUGGGUGGUUUGCUUACGAGAAUCAGAGCAGAUUCUUGAGAAACUUCUUCUACAAAUGGGCCUCCAAGCCUUUUCCACGAUCUGAAGCCGGCAGAUCAAAUCUUUCUCCACACGUGAAGACGUACUGUGUGACUGAGGACAAUUUUUCAACUUUAAAAUGGUUUCUCCUCACUUCAGCAAACUUGUCAAAACAAGCUUGGGGUGCUCCUGAGCGCGGGUACGGAGCAUCUUUCCAGAACGGAAAAUUGAAGAAGCACGCUUACGCAGUCAAAUCAUUCGAGGCUGGGGUGUUGAUCAAUCCAAAAAUCUUAAAGGUCAGUCUAAAUGACAGGAAGGAUGUUGUCCUAGUCCCUGUAAGAGGUACGGACUACAUGGAGAAUGCCAGCACAAAUGCCAUACACUAUCCCAUUCGCAUGCCUUACGAUUACCCCUUGGAAAAGUACUCGAAGGAUGAUAAACCUUGGAUUGUAUCAGGGUUUUCGUUUUCUUGGACACCUGUGAUCGUUGCUUGUGGAGAGAGACGAUCACUGGUCUCUGACUCCUUUCCAGCAGACUCGUCGUUCACAUUGUCGAGUGGCUCUUUCGAAGAACCGGAGCGAAUUGAUUCACUCAGGUGGGAAUUCGCAUCUGUGAAGUACGUGGACUCAUUGUCUGUUCCAGACGUAACAGUAGAUAUGGUUCUAGUUAUAUCGUUAGGAGCUGACGACAUGUUCAGUAAAAUCCCAGGAGCUAGAUCUUAA